CGCCAACUUCCCGAGGGGAUCCGCGCCGCCGCCGCGGGAGCUCGCCCGAGCCAGAGGCACUGAGCACGCCUGGAAGGCCGGCUGCCGAUGGAGAGCCGCUGACCCUGCUCGCCCGGAAGAUGCCCCGGCGCUAGAAGGCCGCCCGCCCUGGGAUGGCUCCCGGAGCCUGACUCCUCUGCCAUGGCGAUGAUCCUGACCCGGCCCCUCGAAAAUCAAGGCGCUGCUGACUCCAUAACAUGCAAGACUCUGCGCCCUGAGCUGCACAGUCCGAGGAAGAUGAGUCAAGGACCCACGCUGUUCUCCUGCGGCAUGAUGGAGAAUGGCCGGUGGAGAGACCUGGACGGGAAGUGCCCCCUGCAGCUGGAGCAGCCGGGCCCCAGCAUCUGGGACUGCCUGCCCGAGCAGGCCCCCGACGGCCCCCUGUGGCCCCGGGAGGCCGCCGCCUGCGCCGUCACCAACCUCAUCAAGGACCUCAGCCUCAGCGACCGCGGCGGCCCCCCGGCGGCCCCGCCCAGCAAGCGCCAGUGCCGCUCCCUGUCCUUCUCGGACGAGAUGUCCGGCUUCCGCACGGCCUGGCGGCCCCUGGGCUCCAAGGUCUGGACUCCCGUGGAGAAGAGGCGCUGCUACAGCGGCGGGAGCGUGCAGCGCUUCUCCGGCGGCUCCUGCCCCAUGCAGCGGAGCUCCAGCUUCAGCCUCCCCUCCCGCGCCAACGUGCUCCCCUCCUCCUCCUCCCUCCCCGACCCGGCCGGCGCUCAGGGCAGAUCCGGGGGGCAGCCCCGCUGCGGGCCCCCGGGGGCCCAGGCCGGAGAGCUCUGGGCCGGCGAGGGACGCAGGGCGGACAUCCAGCGCUCGCUCUCGUGCUCCCACGAGCACUUCUCCUUCUCCGAGUACGGCCCGCCCUCCGCCAGCAGCACGCCCGCCUCCACCCCAGAGCCCGCCCGGCGCUGCAGCGGCCUGUCCCGGAGCCGCUCCCAGCCCUGCGUCCUCAACGACAAGAAAGUGGGCGUGAAGCGCCGGCGGCCCGAGGACCCUCAGGAGCCCCGGCCCUCCCUCGACCUCGCCAAGAUGACUCAGAACUGUCAGACCUUCAACAGCCUCAGCUGCCUUAGCACGGGGGGCGAUUGCGGUCAGCAGGACCCCUUUGCUGCCGCCGCGAACAACCCCAAGUCCUGGACCACGCUGCUCUCAGCCUCCACCAGCAGGGAAGGCGGGGAGUCCGCGGGGACUCCCGGCCCGGAGCCCCCUCCCGCCUCUGAACGCACGCUCAGUAAGGAAGACCUGUCCUUUGAGGAGCCGGACUGCGGCCCCCCCGACGAGGAGGGCAGCCGGCAGGAGCAGGGGCAGAACUCGGCCUGGCGCAGCGCCGGGGCCGACCGAGCCGGCAUCUUCCCCCUGGACGGAGAACUGGACAUUGAGCAAAUCGAAAACAACUAGGGGAGGCCGCGUGACUUAGCUCCCACCUGCGUCGGGUUUGGGACUGGGCCCAGCAAGGGUGGUCAGCGUCCCUGGGCUCCCAAGUGCCCCUUUGGGCCCCGCUUCCCAGAUCUCGUCCCCCGGCCUCCGGGAAGAGCCGGCUGGUGGGCCUGGGUGUCCCUGGGCCCUGCUGGGCCAGCGGGCGAGUCCCGGGCGGCGGCUGGGGCGGGCAGCCUUGCCCGGCAUCUCCUCGCUCGGAGUUCUGUCUGACUACUGUAGCCACACCAGCUCGUUUUUCCUCUUCAUCUUCUCAUGAGACUUGAAAAGUGAGGGCCACUGGGAGCUCUGCCCGGGGUGCCCACUGUGCAGGGUCGCCAGGGGCUGGUCAGCACUCCAGGCCCAGGGGUGCCUGCUGUCCAGGGUCUCCAGGCUCUGAUCAGCACCCUAGGCCCUGAGGGUGCCCGCUGUCCAGGGUCUCCAGGCUGUGGUCAGCACCCUAGGCCUGGGGGUGCCCACUGUGCAGGGUCGCCCAGGGCUGGUUGGCCCCCAGGUCCCAGAGGAGAGGCUGAUCCAGGGCAAACCUCGGGCUGUGAAAGGGCAGGGGCGAGUCUGGGGCAGGGGGUGGGGGCCGGCGGUUCUGGGAGUGUCCGCCCUGCACAAGUUUCCCAGUUCUUGCUUUGGAAGGGGCUGGGCGGGGUCAGGAAGCACAUGGGAGGCAUUGGACCCAGUUCAGUGACAAGAAGUUCUACGAAGUGUCUGGGUUGGCCCUCAGAGGGCCCUGGGCCUCCAGGUUGGGUCCCGGCGACUUGGGCCCGUUCACAAAGCUCCGCUCCCAGUCCUGGGGGGCCGGGGGGCCCACGGGCAGGGAAUUUGCCCAAGCCAGCCUUCAGGGCUCCCACCUGCCAGGCCCAGCAGCCAGCCUGGGACCCCUCGGGCCGAAGGCUCCGGCCCAACCUGAGCAGCUGAGCCUGGAUGGUGACUCUUGGGCCGCACAAGAGGGACGUGGGGCCACUGGGUAAGGGCGGGCAAUCUGAGCCCCGGGGGCAUCAGAAAGCACUCCUGGCCCCCAGUGGGGCCCAUCUUGUUUCAUAGGAAGCUUCCCUUCAGCCAGAAACCCCCCCGUGGCAUUCCUUACUGCGUCUGCCAAGUGCCCUCCUGCUGGCCCUGGAAGCGAGGGCUCGGGGAUACCUGCCCGGCCUGUGAGGCCACCCUUGGUCCUGCACAUAUGGGGGUCCCCCCAGCCCAGGACAUCCCCAGGAAAGUCCCGCUCCCUCUCUCCCACCCACUGUCCCUCUCUCCAUCUUCUAGCAACCAUGGUAACGAGCACUUAUGUGCCUGAUGCUUCAGGGGCUCAGCAUCUGGGCCAGUCUGGGCCACAGGUUCCCAUUCUAGAGAGGAGGAAGCUCAGGCCCCUGCCCUGUGUGCCCCGGCCAUGUGACCAAAGUCACCCGGUCAGUAAGCGGUGGGGAGGGACUCUAGCCCCCCAGUCUUUCAAAAUCUCAAGUCCCUCCCUAUUUCCCCUUUUCCCUUUCUUCAUCCUCCCUCCUCCCCCUCCUUUUCCUCCUUUCUCCCCUUCCUUAUUCUCCCCACUCCUCCUCAUCUUCCAUUCUUCUGCUCCUCUUUUCCUCCUCUUCAUCCUCGCUCUUUCUUCUUUCCCUCUUCAUCCUCCCUGUCCCUCCUCCUCCUCCCACCCCCUCAUCUUCCCCUUCUGUGCCUGUUCGGCAUUCCUCAGGUGAGUCACUGAGGAUGGGCUUUGCUCCCUAAACAAAAGCUGAGGGGCCGACUUCCCGCUCACCUGAAGAAGGUACCUGGGAACGUUUUUUUUUUUUUUUUUUUGCUCACUUGAGGAAGGUACCUGGGAGCGGUUUUGCUUCCUUCUUCCCCGGAGGAGGGAAUAUCUCCUUUUCCCAGUUGAGCCAAUGGUUGCCCUUCCUCUUGGCUCUGGGAAGCUUGUAUGGUGGUGGCUGCCAGUCUCUUGGCUCUUGUCGCCAACUGUGCCGGACUUGGGCUGGGCCAACGCCGGCUCCUUGGACCCUCGGGGCCAUCUCUGCAGGUGGGCUAUGGGGGUCAGCGGCUGGGGCCCAGCCUGGGAGGAAGCCCCGAGGGGCAGCAAAGGCUGGUGGGACUGGUGAGGGACCCCUCCCCGGGGCCUCCUCCUACUGGUGCUCAUCUCCCUCAGCUGGGAAGUGAGAACCGCUGACCUUCCCACGUUGUUGGGCCGGGCUCGGGGUCCUUAAGGUCCUCACGGAGGAAUAGUGCAAUGUCAGGGUGGAAGAUUGGGGUUUUUGGAAGGGGACGCAAGCCAAGGGGUCGCAGUCACCCCUCCCCAGAGCCCAGGACUCCCACUCUACCCAGGGGAUGAGGGCCCCGGGGCCUCCUGCUCUUCCAGAACCAGCUUGUCCGGGCCUCCCGGCUCCGCCUUUGGGGGGGAUGCCGGCUCCGGGCCGGACAGGGCCUUUGUUCCAGGAGUCGAGACCCUGAGGGACAGGUGCACCAGGUGGACUUGGCCUGUGACAGUCCCGGGAGGAAGGUGACAUCGUCCCGACCUGAGGCCUCGUGGCGGGGGAAUGUGGCCAUUUGGAAAAGCCCCGGCCCCUCGUUGGGCAAACGGGUCCCCCCAGAUGCAGCUCUCACCAAUCAGAAGGGCUGGGAGGGGCGUGGGUCCCCCAGACCACCUGCUCAUUGUCCAGAAGGGUUGGGAGGGGCGUGGAUCCCCCCAGGCCACGCUAGGUACUGCUGGCAGAGCUCUACUGGUGAAAAGGUUUCUUCAGAAGUGGCCAUGAGCGGCAGGGUCUGAUCCUGUGGAUGGGGCUGAACUGCCCAGGGCCGACCUACCCCUCUAUCCUCCUUGCCCAGGGCGGCCCUCCUUUCAGUCCUUUCCGCCCGGGUCCAGCCCUUCUCUUUCUUCCCUGCCCAGGGCGGACCUCCCCUCUGUCCUCCCUGGGGGCUGGCCCUCCUCCUUCCUCCCUGCCCGGUCCUUAUACUACUCCCUCCACCUUGGCAGCUUGCUCCACUUUCUUGCAUCCAGGCUGUCCCAGGGCAUUGUGGGGCACUGCUCCAAACUUCACAGGUUAUUUUUUUUUUUUCUGAAAGUGCUUCAGAGGAAGCAGGUUGGGGGAUGAGGGAGGCGGGCCGGGACGAGGUGGGCCGGGACAAGGUGGGCUGGAAGCUGGGCUGUUUGGUGCAGUUGCGGGGCUUGGUGCAGGCCGUGGGGCCCGGGCUGGGCUGUGAGGGCAGGGGAGGAUUCUCCCAGAUGGUGCCCAUGAUAUGAGGCGGCUUUUGGACCUUUUU